AUGGCCGAAGGAGAAGAAAACAAGGAGGAAAUUAGAAAAAAGCAGCAUGUUAUGUUUGUGUUUGUUCUCAUCUUCUUCUCUCUCCAAAUGGUGAAUGCAGAAAGAUCCGAGAAGCCAUGGCGGCCAGAAUCCGGCAAGCAUUUUGUGCUAAUUCAUGGGGCAUGCCUUGGUGCAUGGUCUUGGUACAAGCAAGUGCAACGUCUAAAAUCGGCAGGCCACAAUGUCACAGCUCUUGACUUGGCUGCUUCCGGGAUCGAUCCGAAACAGGUGAAAGAUGUUCCUUCUAUCUCCGUUGAGCCCUUCAUGGUCUCUCUUCCUUCACAUGAGAGAGUCAUCAUGGUAGGUCACAGCCUUGGAGGGUUGGCUAUUUCUCCUGCCAUCGAGAGAUUUCCAGAGAAAAUUUAUGUUGCUGUUUUUGUCACUGCCUUGAUGUCUGGGAAGCACACUGCAAGACAUUGUAAUGACGAUAUGUUAGUAGUCAUCGUAAGGAGACAAGAAUCUAUACUCGACAGUCGUUAUACAUAUGAUGAUGGACCCAACAAUCCUCCAACCACCUUCAUCUUGGGCCCCUUGUUCUCAGCAACAAAUGUAUUUCAGCCCAGCCCAAUUGAGGAUUUGGCACUGGCAAUGUUGCUGCUUAGGCCGCUGCGUUUGUACAGCGACAAGGACAUGUCAAAGGUGCUGAUGUUGUAG